AUGCAUUUGCCCGUUUGGCUACGGCGGAAUACUAUGCGAAAAACGUCAGCUAAACGAAGAGUAUUUCAGCGGGCAGGAUGCGGUCGUGUUUUCGAAGCGACCGCGACUUGGAGUUCCAGGACGAUCACAGUCGGUGACGCUGCUACAAAAGGCAUACGUGACACAUACACAACUUGCAACGACUGGAUUACGGCGCCAGCAGAUAAAAAAAUCCAAGUUCGUGUGACAGCGCUCCGGAAGGUCCAUUGUGAGAACGGGUGCUGGAGAAGUUCAAUCGAGCCGAAGGUCAUCGCUGAUAAGGCCAUGAUAAGCCCGAGGAUCUGUUGUCCUGGACAGUUGAAUCAAGUGCUCACGAGCCGCAUCAAUCCAACACCGGUUGUCACAUAUAGCCUUCAACUUGCUUCCACAUUCACAUACCAGUACCGAUAUGUAUAG